AUGUCUUCAGCUAUGAGUAUGUCAUCAUCAUUCACAAUUUUUGCCUUAUUUGUUUCAAUAGUUAUUUCUAAGUCACUAGAAUUCAGUGACAAAAAUUUUAUUGAUUCUUCAAAUUUAAAGAAUAUUUUAACACCAGUUAUUUUAAAUGAUGAUGAAAAUAAUCAUAUCUUAGAAAAAAGACAAAAUACUUACGAUAAUGAAAAUGGAAUACAAGUUAAUGGUGAUAUUGAAGGUUCAAAUAGUACAUUCAAUCAAAUACAACAUGGUAUAAAAAAUAGUCAUAAAGUAAUAAAGGAAGCUAUGUUAUAUUUAGAAGAAACGUUUCAACAAAAUAUACAAAAAUUGCAAUAUCAAAUAACAUAUUUAGCUAGAGAAUUUGAUUACAUAGAAAAAGAAAUAGAUUCAGAAAAAUUACAACAAUCUACAACAACUUGUCCUCCCAUUCCUAAAUGUCCAUCAAUGAAUCCAAUUUCAAUGACUUCACCAACAACACCGGUUGUAACGCAAACACCAAAAGCUCCGUACCAACAGAUAACAACAAACGUAUCGAAAUUACCAGGAACAACAACUAGUUAUAUUAGCAAUGAAAUCAUUAUGUACAUGAAAAAGAAUAAAAACAAAUCUAAAAAAACUAAAAAAUCUAAACGUCAAAGUAAAUUUUAA